GGGAGGAGCCUCCCUGCCCCGAGCCGCUGUCCAGCAUGCACGGCCGGGAUGGAGGCUCCGGGGGACCGGCCCUUGGGCAGCCUCAGGAGGAGCCUGGGGGCGGCCGGCGAGGGGCAGGGUCGGCCCCGGCUGAGGAGGCAGCGGCGGUGGCCAUGGCCCAGCCGGGGGGCCGGGGCAGCAGCAGAGACUUUGGGCUGCCUGAACAUCUCUACACGUCUGUCCCCGUCCCCGGCCGUCCCUGGGGACCCCAGGGCAGGAGGCAACGGCCCACUGGACAGAUGGGAAACCUUGCCUGCCUCUGAGUGGAGGCUCCCCAGGCGUAGCACUGACCGAGGCCGUGCCCUGACCCUCGCCCUGUCUCUGACCCGCAGAGCCCGGCACAGGGGGGACUCGGGGGGGCACCACCGCCCAGAAGAGCAGCUGCCACCAGUGUCUGGGGCAUGACGGAGCCCCCUUCUCCAGGAGGCCGAGGCAAGGGGACAGUCCCCCCUAGGGGCUUGGUGGGGACACGCAGCGGGACCUCCAGGCCACACCUUGGGUUCCAGGCCACCACCCUGAGGAGAAGGCCGGGCCACCGGGAGACACGGGCCAUGUGGGGCUGCCGGGAGCUGCUCCUGCUGUGGGUCCUGGUGCCGGCGGCGGGCGGCACGGAGCACGUCUACAGGCCCGGGCGCAGGGUGUGUGCCCUCGGGGCUCCCCAGGGCCCCGUGUCCGAGUCCUUCGCGCAGCGCGUGUACCAGCCCUUCCUCACCACCUGCGAGGGGCCCCGCGUCUGCAGCACGUACCGGACCAUCUACAGGACUGCCUACCGCCGCAGCCCCGGGCCGACCCCGGCCAGGCCUCGCUACGCCUGCUGCCCCGGCUGGAAGCGGACCGGCGGGCUCCCUGCGGCCUGCGGAGCAGCGAUAUGCCAGCCACCGUGCCAAAACGGAGGGAGCUGUGUCCAGCCGGGCCGUUGCCACUGCCCCGCAGGAUGGCGGGGCGACACCUGCCAGACAGAUGUGGAUGGACACGGGGCCGGAGGGGGCGGCUGUCCCCACCGCUGUGCCAACACCGUGGGUAGUGGCUGGUGCCGGUGCCCUGAGGGGCACGGCCCGUCCGCCGGCGGGAAGCUAAGCCCGCCCAGGAGAGGGACCCCCGGGGUGGCCCCGAACCCUGACGAAGGUGUGGACGGCGUGGUGGAGGAGGAGGUGCAGAGACUCCGGUCUCGGGUGGAUGUCCUGGAGCAGUGGCCGGCCCUAGCCCACGCUGCCCCUGCCGCCCCACAGAAGCUGCAGCUGGUGCUGGCCCCCCUGCACAGCCUGGCCUCGCGGGCGCUGGAGCAGGGGCUCCCCGACCCCGGCAGCCUCCUGGCCCACUCCCUGCGGCAGCUGGACCGCAUCGACUCGCUGAGCGAGCAGAUCUCCUUCCUGGAGGAGCAGCUGGGGUCCUGUUCCUGCAAGAAGGAGCUGUGACGGGCCUGCGUGCCCCCCAACCUCACAGAAGAAACAGGGCGGGGUGGGUGGAGGGGCUGUCCCGUGUGAAUCCGGCCCCUGCACCCGGGCCAGCCCCCUGGGCCUGGCGGGCUGUGGCCGAGGGGCGGUACGACAGCUCCCAGCCCGGGGCCCGGGGGAGCCCCAUCCCCGAUCUUCGUCAGAAUAAAACGAGACCUGGAGA